ACCCCCGGCCCGCCCCCGGCGGCUCCUCCCCGGUUCCGCGGGGGGAGGGGGUGCCCGUCCCGCCGCCGCGGCCCCGCCGAGCCAUAAAGCCCAUGGGGAGCCGGCCGGGCUGAGCACGGCGGGACCCGCGACCCCCCCAGCAAGAUGACGUCCUCCACCAAGGUGUACUACAGCCAGACCACGCAGACCGACAGCCGCCCCCUGAUGGGGCCGGGGCUGCGGCGGCGCCGGGUGCUGACCAAGGACGGCCGCAGCAACGUGCGCAUGGAGCACAUCUCAGACAAGCGCUUCCUGUACCUCAAGGACCUGUGGACCACCUUCAUCGACCUCCAGUGGCGCUACAAGCUCCUGCUCUUCUCCGCCACCUUUGCCGGCACCUGGUUCGCCUUCGGCGUGGUGUGGUACCUGGUGGCGGCGGCGCACGGCGACCUGCUGGAGUUCGAGCCGCCGGCCAACCACACGCCGUGCGUGAUGCAGGUGCACACGCUGACCGGCGCCUUCCUCUUCUCCCUCGAGUCGCAGACCACCAUCGGCUACGGCUUCCGCUACAUCAGCGAGGAGUGCCCGCUGGCCAUCGUGCUGCUCAUCACCCAGCUGGUGCUCACCACCAUCCUGGAGAUCUUCAUCACCGGCACCUUCCUGGCCAAGAUCGCGCGGCCCAAGAAGCGCGCCGAGACCAUCAAGUUCAGCCAGAACGCCGUGGUGGCGCAGCACGACGGCAAGACCUGCCUGAUGAUCCGCGUGGCCAACAUGAGGAAGAGCCUCCUGAUCGGCUGCCAGGUCACCGGCAAGCUGCUGCAGACCCACCUGACCAAGGAGGGCGAGAGCGUGCGCCUCAACCAGCUCAACGUGGACUUCCAGGUGGACACGUCCUCGGACAGCCCCUUCCUCAUCCUCCCGCUGACCUUCUACCACGUGGUGGACGAGGCCAGCCCGCUGCGGGACGUGUCCCUGCGCUCGGGCGACGGCGACUUCGAGCUGGUGGUCAUCCUGAGCGGCACCGUGGAGUCCACCAGCGCCACGUGCCAGGUGCGCACGUCCUACCUGCCCGAGGAGAUCCUGUGGGGCUACGAGUUCACGCCGGCCAUCUCGCUGUCGGCCAGCGGCAAGUACGUGGCCGACUUCAGCCUCUUCGACCGCGUGGUGAAGGUGGCGGCGCCGUGCUGUCACCACGAGGCCGUGCGGUUCGGGGACCCCGAGAAGGUCAAGCUGGAGGAGUCGCUGCGCGAGGCCGAGCGGGACGGGGAGGGGGCCCCGCUCAGCGUCCGCAUCAGCAACGUCUGAGGUGGGGACACGGAGGUGACAUCGGAGCCGGGGCCAGGGGUGGCCAGGGGUGGUGGUGGAGCGAGGGGGUGGUGGCAGAUGGUGGAGGUGGUGCUGUGGCUGGAGGUGGCAGCAGGGGCAGGGGGUGCCAGCAUCUGGGGGUGUCACCAGAUUCAAGGGGACACCAACAUCUGGAGGUGUCACCAGCGCUGGAGGUGCCACCAGCCCCAAAGCGACACCAACAUCUGAGGGUGUCACCAGAUUCAAGGGGACACCAACAUCUGGAGGUGCUGCCAGGUUCAGGGGAACACCAGCAUCUGGGGGUGUCACCAGCACUGGAAGUGCCACCAGCCCCAAAGGGACAUCAACAUCUGGGGGUGUCACUGAUUCAAUGGGACACCAACAUCUGGAGUGUCUCCAACAACUGGAGGUGCCACCAGCCCUAAAGGGACACCAACAACUGGAGGUGUCACCAGCCCUGGAGGUGCCACCAGCUCCAAAGGGACACCAACAUCACCAACAUCUGGAGGUGUCAUUGAUACAAGGGGACACCAAUAUCUGGAGGUGCCACCAGCCCUGGAGGUGCCAUCAAGUCUAGAGGCGUCACCAAUGCCUGGAAGUGUCACCAACAUCUGGAGGUGCCACCAGUCCCAAAAUGCCACCAGUCUCUAAAAGUGUCACCAACACCUAGAAGAGCCACCAGCCAAGAUUCCACCAGUGCCUGGAAGUGUCACUAAGCCCUGGAGGUGCCACCAUCUGGAGGUGCCACCAUGCCUGGAGGUGCCACCAGCCCCAGAGUGCCACCAAGCCCUGGAGAUGCCACAAGCCCUAAGAUGGCACCAGUCCCCGGAGUGACACCAAGCCCUGGUGCCCCAAAGUGCCACCAACCCCUGAAGGUGCCACCAACCCCUGGAGGUGCCACCAGUCCCAAGGUGUCACCAACCCCUGGAGUGUCACCAGCCCCUGGAGGUGCCACCAAGCCCUGGAGUGUCACCAUGCCUGGAGAUGACACCAGCCCCAAAGUGCUACCAACCCCUUGAGGUGCCACCAGCCCCAAAGUGCCACCAACCCCUUGAGGUGCCACCACCCCUGGAGUCUCCUGAAGUGUCACCAACCCCUGGAGGUGCCACCAGCCCCAAAGUGCCACCACCUCUGGAGGUGCCACCACCCCCUGGAGUGUCACCAACCCCUGGAGGUGCCACCAACUCCUGGAGGUGCCACCAGCCCCAAAGUGCCACCAAUGCCUAGAAUUGCCACCAACCCAUGGAGGUGCCACCAGCCCCAAAGUGCCACCACCUCUGGAGGUGCCACCAAUCCCUGGAGGUGUCACCUACCCUUGGAGGUGCCACCACCCCCAGGACGCCGCUGCUCCCCCCCCCGCCAGGGGAAACUGAGGCGGGAGCCCCCUCCCCGCCCCCCCCAAGCGCUGGAGCCCCUCCCUGUCCCCCCCCCCCACUCCGGGCGGUGUCGGGGGGUCCCCCCGGGGGUGUCACCGAUAAUCGAGGCCACCGUGUCCCCUCCCCCCCCCGCCCGUCGCUGCUGCUUAACGUAGACCCCGCCAUUAACGCGGCCCCCCCGCGCCGGGGCAAUUAGUGCCACUAAUUAAAGGUGUCGGUAAUGAGGAAGGAGCGGGACCCCCCCCCGACCAAAACCGCCCCUCCCCCAUCCCUUGGGGGGGGGGCCCGAGCUCGGUUAGGGGGCGGGGGGGGAGGGGCAGGAGUUCAAUAAAGGUGACGUCGAUGGUG